AUUAUUAUUUUUACGUCGUCGCCGGGUCCCGUCCGUCGUAGUCGUCGUGUGAAUUUCAGCUCGAAGAGAGCGCUGUUACAUUAUUUACAUAGCUAUAGUUAUUAUUGUACUCGUAGACACCGCGUACUUACAACGAACCAUAUACUCGGUUUACGGUUUGUCCGAUUUUUCGCCGCUAUCGUAACCGUCGGAUGCAUUACUAUUGAAUUUGAACGUCGGCGUAACCGUGUGAACGAUAUUUCACCAAACCCGCGAUCAUCUAGUUCAGUAACUCUUAUUAGUAAGUUAUAGUUUCCAACCGUACGCCUAUAUAUAGUUGGAUGGAAAUCUAAUUAGCGAUUCGUAUUGAACUUUGGUCGAAAAACUACGCAACAAUAUCACACCCCAGACGACCGUGGUUCCCGGAACCGGUACCGAACGUGACCGUUAUCGUGGGCAAAGACGCCCUGCUCACCUGCGUGGUUCAGGACUUGCACCAUUUCAAGGUCGCUUGGGUUCGUGUCAGCACCCAAACCAUACUUUCUAUACACCACCGAAUGGUGACCGAAAAUGCAAGAAUAACGUUAUCUUACAAUGAUCAUCGGACGUGGUUUCUUCACAUCCGCAAUGUACAGGAGACCGACAGAGGCUGGUAUAUGUGCCAGAUCAACACGGAGCCCAUGACAAGUCAAAAAGGAUAUCUACAAGUUGUCGUUCCUCCGAAAGUGAUCGACGAAGAAUCCAGCAUGGAUCUCAUAGUGAAAGAAGGAUCAGACAUGAUUUUACAGUGUAAAGCCCGGGGAUAUCCCGAACCGUACAUAAUGUGGCGAAGAGAAGAUGGCCAGGACAUAAACUACAACGGUAUCACAGUGAACGUGAUCGACGGAGAAAAGUUAAUGAUCAGAAAGAUCAGCAGAUUGCACAUGGGGUCUUACCUGUGCGUGGCUUCCAACGGGGUGCCGCCUACCCGCAGCAAGCGCAUCAACGUCACCGUACACUUUCCUCCGAUGUUGAUGAUUCCUAAUCAAUUAGAAGGAGCUCGAAUAGGGGUCUCUUCGAAACUGGAAUGCCACACGGAAGCAAAUCCUCCUUCGAUCAAUUACUGGACGAACGAACGCGGAGAUAUGAUCGUUUCCGGUUCAAGAUUUUUAGACGAUAAAAUCAGAACUGGAUACGUGUGCAAAAUGAUUUUGCACAUCUACAACGUUAGUACUGAAGAUUUCAGUAGUUACAAAUGUGUAGCAGUAAACGCUCUUGGCGAGACUGACGGCAUCAUUAAGCUCUAUGAAAUCACAACUGUCGUCGAAUCAUCCAACGAAGUACUUUUUGAAGGUGAAAACUACAAAUACAGCGUCAAUGUCACCGAAGUAACAGAUUAUUUGGAUGGGACGACCGGUGCCAUUUAUGACAAUGUUACUAGCUACGUUUCAUCUAGUCAUACACUUGCUCAUAGUUUUGUUUUGUAUUUAAUAUUAAUAUUAAUUAAUGACAAUUUGUUAAAUAUUGUAUAAUGAGUAGUGAUUAAAUUUUAAAUAUGUAAUAUAAUAAUAUUCUUGUAUAAUUAUUCUACUGUGAACUUAUGUUUGAUAUGUUUUUAUUUAUUUGUUCAUUAUACGUGUAAACAGUGUCAAACACGUACUUCAGUUUAUGAAUCAAGUUUUUUAUUUGCAUCAACUAGUUAAUUUUACGAUUAUAUUGUAUAAAUAUAUUGAUUUUUUUGUUGUAAUUUUGCAUAUUGCCAUAUUGGUAACCACAAGAAUGUUAUGGCCUGCUCCGUGUGUUACAAUAUUAGUUUCUGCACCGCAAAGGGCAAACAUGUAUUUACUAUUUUGAGCAGUUUUUGGAACUUUCUGUAGUAAACAUACCUAAUACCUAUGUAUGCAGGACCAGGUAUCUAUAAAAACGAUAUUUGCAGCGGUACCGACUAUAACACUUCGUUCCACCACCAAUACUUUGAGAAGCUGUAACUCGCAAACAAAUCAACAGCACAAAUUCAUAAAAAAAAAUAAUAGUUUUAUUAGAUUCAUAACCUUUUUGAAGUAAAACUUCUUUCUUGAGGUGUGGGUAAAAAAAACGUAACGAAAAAUGAAAUGACACGUACGUUUAUUUAUAAAUAUAUAUAUAUUCAUAGCAACCAUUAAUAAACAAAAAUGUCUAUCGUAAAUUACAUAUUUUUUUAUUGUAUUGAUUUUUCUCACUCUCUCCUUAAUUCACGGGCCUAAUUACUUAUGAAAGAAGUUUUACUUUCCCCGAGUGAAAUGGCGGGCUCUCACUUUUUUAGUUUUUUAUUCUAUAAAAAUCAAUAAAAUUUUAUUUUUUGGGUAAAAAAGCUUGAAAAUUUAAUAUAAGGCUCCUAAUAUUGUUGUAUUGUAUUAUUGUUCAAUAGCAGUUGAAAAAGAUUAAAAAUAUAUAGGCACAAUUUUUUAUUAUAUGUUAACAAUUGAAAAUCAAAAGUUGAUAGUAGUUUUACCAAUAAAUAUAAGGGUGAAAAACAUUAAAAUAUUAUACAGUUUUAGAAAAAAAUAAAUCUAAAAGUUAAAAAAAAAGAAUAAAAAAAAACUAAAAAAGUUAAUACUUUUCGAAAUAAAUAGUGCAACCACCUAAAUUAAUCAUCCUGUACAUGCAUAGUAUAGCAUUAUAAAUUGUUCUGCGUUAAAAAUAUAUAUGUAUAAUAAUAUAUACUAUAGUAUAAUCAAGGCCAAAUUAAGAACCUAUUAGGCCCCGGGACAGAAAUUUCAUAUGGGCCCUUUUGACAAAACAUGCUCGUAGGAAGAUACAAUUUUCUAAUUAUUUCACAAAUUGACAAUUGCAUUAUAAAAUUAAUUGGUAUAUGUAAUUUACGUCUAUAAAACUACUAAUUGUAGUAUAAUAAAAGUUAAUACUUCAUAUUUCAUUAAUUUAAAUUAAAAUUUUCAUAACUUUUAAAUUUAUUAACAGUACCUAUACUUAUUUACAACAAAUAUCAAACAAAAGUUAAUAUAUAAAAUAAAAUCCAUUUUAUCAAAUAUUUACUAUUUAGUUGUUUUUGUAGAUAAAAAAAAUGGUUUUUAAAAUAUAGAAAAACUAUUCUUUAAAAUCACUGAAAAAUGUGUAUCAGCUUAAAAUUGUUUAGGCCCCUUUAAUUUUGGUACUUGAGAGGGCCCCGGGGCUUCUGCCCCAGCUAGACCCCCUCCCCCUCUUAAUCCGGCCUUGAGUAAGUUAGGUACCUACUAUAAUCAAUUAUAAAAUAUAGUUUGAUUAGUUAAUAUAAUAUGUAUUAUGUUUAUGUAUACCUAUAUAUAUUAUAUACAGACUGAUUUUUUAAGCAUGCUCACAUUAUAUUUAUGCUUAAAUUAUACAUAUAUUCAAAUUCUAAUUUUUGGAAUUUUAAAUACAUAUGCAGAUCCGACUGUACAGCAGAGGGACACUCACUUGCCCACCUUAUUUUAUUGAUUUUUCGAUUUUUAACAUAAGUACUAAGUAGGUAUUCAGGUAUUUUAUAUUUUUAUUUCUAUUUCAUAUGGUUUUCAAAAGUUUCAACUGUUAUUAUAUACAAAUAUACAAUUACAUAAAUAUAUUAUAUGAUUACCUAAUGAAAAACAAUGUUUAGUGUACUUAACUAUUGUUAUUAAAUAAUAUUAAAAUUAUACAAAAUAUAUAUAGAUUUAAAUAUGAAAUACAAAAAAGCAAAUUUAAAAAAGUGAGUGUGUGAGCCCACCAUUACACUCUUACUUCUUUCAUAAGUAAUUGGGCCCGUGAAAUUAUAAGUGAAUAAGGGAGAGAGUGAGAAAAAUCAACACAAUAAAAAAAUAUGUAAUUUACGAUAGACAUUUUUGUUUAUUAAUGGUUGCUAUGGACAUAUAUAAAUAAAUAAACAAACGUGUCGUUUUAGUUUUCGUUACGAUUUUUUUCUACUCACAUCUCAAGAAAGAAGUUUUAUUUCAAAAAAAAAUUAUAAAUACUACGAAUAAUAUUUUUAAAUUACAACCAAAAACUAAAUUUGUUAUUCGUCAUUUAAAUGUAAAUUUAGACCAAAUUUAAACAUAAAAUAACUAUAAAAAAAGUUGUUUAUAUAUUUUUUAGGUUUUUUUGUUCGCGGCAGUAAUGCGAAAGCAGUUCCCGCGACGCCGUCGGUUCAAACAGAAAAAAAAAAAGGUUUUUUUGUUACAGAAUUAAUUAUUUACGUGGAGCCUUGUUUUAAAUUUUGUUAAAUGUAAAAAUAAAUAAUAAAUAAUAUCAAUAAUUAGAACAUAAUCAUUGAAUGUUUAGUAUUUGUAUACUAAAUUUUCUUUUGUGGUAACAAAUUGUUACAUAAUAAAUUAGAUAAUACCAAACAGUUUUCAAGUCAAAAUUUUAAUUAUUUAAUGUUUCGGAUGCUAGGGACAGGGUAACCUUACCUUAACACCUGAAACUAGGAACGCGGUUUUCCGGGGCACCGGUAUGGUUACAACAUUUAUUUUUGUGGUUACAAAUUGUUACUAGAGAUGGGAGGUCGGUAAAUUUAAUUUACGUAAAUUAUGCCGAUAAUCUUUUUACCAUUUUAAAAUUCAAGUGACAACUCAUUUAGAAUGUUUUCAUAUGCACAACACCGCUAUAGUGACAUCCAUAUCUCCACAAUACAUGAUAUAAAUAUAACUAGUUAUAUACCUACUCAUAAUUAUAUCAUUCACAUGAGAUCUUCCAGCAAAUAAUUAUUGCUAAGACAAUUUUUAGCACCAUGAUUUAUUUUAAACAAUAUUUUUAGUCCAAUAUAAUUAAUAUAAAUAAGAGGUGCUAGGCACCUGUACACCCUAGCACCCCUGUUUGUGCAAUAAUACAUACUUAAAAUAUAAAUAAAUAUAUCUAAUACUUGUAGUUGAGAGUGGACGAGGGGUACAUUAGUUAAAUGGUUAGUUAUUGGUUAUAAAAAUGUUAUUGAGUUCGUAUUAAAUUUACUAAAUAAAAAUAUUAUACAUUGUUAAACAAUUUACCGGUAAAAUUCCCAUCUCUGAUUGUUACAUAUUAGAUUACACAAUACCAAUCAGUUUUCUAGUGAAAAUGUUGAC